CGGCUUCCGGCCGUCAAGUGGAGCAGAUCCACAGCCUCAGGCGUCCGUACCCGGCGCAGAUGGCGGCGGAACCGCUUUCGUGACGCAAACCGGCGCGCGUGUGACGUCAUCAGCAGUCGCCGUGGGCGCCGCGACCUCCUGCGCUGCGAGAUUUCUGCUGAAAUGCUGCGGUUGUUCCAGGCCGCUUCCCGCACCUGGCUGCGACCCUCUGGCUCCCGGGUGUUCAGCUCUCUGGCUGAAGGCACGGUGCAGCCGGCCGAGGUUUCAGAGCCGCGAGAUAGCGCCGGUCUCCUAGAUCCCGUUUUGCGUAAGUGCGAGCUCCCGAUCCCUGCACACCGGCGCCCGGUGCAAGCCUGGGUCGAGUCUCUCCGAGGCUUCGAGCAGGAGCGCAUCGGCCUGGCGGAGCUGCACCCCGAUGUGUUUGCAACGGCGCCCCGGCUGGACAUUCUGCACCAGGUCGUUGUCUGGCAGAGGAACUUCAAGAGAAUCAGCUAUGCUAAGACCAAGAGCAGGGCUGAGGUGAGUGGUGGUGGCCGCAAGCCCUGGCCGCAGAAAGGCAGUGGCCGCGCCCGGCACGGCAGCAUCCGGUCUCCUUUAUGGCGAGGAGGAGGUGUAGCCCAUGGUCCCCGGGGCCCUACAAGUUACUACUACAUGUUGCCCAUGAAAGUGCGGGCACUGGGCCUCAAGGUGGCCUUGACCGUCAAGCUCAUGCAGGACGAUCUCCACAUUGUGGAGUCUCUGGAGCUACCCACUGCAGACCCCCAGUACCUGACGGAGUUGGCCCAGUACCGCCGCUGGGGGAGCUCCGUGCUCCUCGUGGACUUAACACAUGAAGAGAUGCCCAAGAAUGUUGUGGCAGCCACCUCGGGGCUCAACAGCUUCAACCUGAUCCCUGCAGUUGGUCUGAACGUGUACAGCAUGCUUAAACACCAGACUCUGGUCCUCACCGUGCCUUCCGUCGCCUUCCUGGAGGACAAGCUGCUCUGGCAAGAUUCAAGAUACACACCACUCUACCCCUUCCGCUUGCCCUACAGUGACUUCCCCUAACCCUACUCUGGUCACCUUGGGGGCCGGGUCAGCACCCCAGCCAUCCUGUAGAAAAGCAGUUUCCUGGAAGCUGUUGGACCUGUUGCCAGGUGGGGUACCUGCACAGAGCCAGAUGAGUGAGGGCCUCCUGGGCUCUCCCUUGUCACGUUAAAAGUAAACCCUAUUUUCACAAGACUUGGAGAUGCAGCUGGUCACUCGUGUGGGAUCCUGUCGGCCCCUCGGCUGCUCGUCCAGGGCUGGGCGUCCUUGGUGCCUCCUCCAGGCCUCACAGCCUGCUUCCUACGACUGCCAGGAGGAGUCACUCCCCUUGAGGCAGAUGUUGGAGCUUGCAUAGCUGCCAAGCCGGCAGCCUGUCCUCCACCCCUAGGAGGGUCUGCCACCCGGAUGCCAGGCAGGCUCCUGACAGCUUCCUUCAGAGUCAGGCCAGCAUCAUGUGUUCUUAUGAUAAAAUAAAUACACCACCCCAGUAUUCUCA